GACCUGGUAUGCAGCAUGGAGAUAGACCCUGCUGAGAAUGUCACGCGCUCGCAGAGUUCGCAACCAAUGGCAGGUCCUUCCCAAGAGGCACCAAGCCAAAGGGAGAGCAGCGUUAGUUCCAUGUCCACUCUGUGGCCCGUUCUUGGAAUGAGUGGUUCCAGAGACACAUUCUUCGGUCGUGGUGGGCUUGCAGUGCAACCGUUGAGCAGCACACAGCGCAUACCGCGAGUGUAUGAAGUCUGGCAGGAGAUUGGAAGCAGCAACACCAGGUUUUGUUGCUGCGGCCGAUGUGUCACCGGUCCGAAGAUAGACUUUUGGUACAACUUGUGCGCAUGGUUCUUCAUCCUCAUCCCUUCAGGAUUGUACUUUGUCUUGUGCUCUGACUACCUCUGGCACCGUGGGCUCUUUCCAUUGCCAAUCCUGACUGGCAUAGUUCUCCUGACCACAAUCAUUUUCCUUCUGCUGACCUCCUGCACAGAUCCAGGCAUCUUGCCUAGACGCAGACUCCGCGCGCUGCUGCCGGGGUUGGAGGAAGAAGUGAGCAACACGCUUGCACUUCCUGAAGACCUCCAAGACUGUGUUGCCGACGGCUUAACGCCUCCAACACUGUCGGAUCUGCGGCAGUCACAGGGCUAUAAAUGGUGCUCUACUUGCCAGGUGAUGCGCCCGCCACGAUGUUCACAUUGUGAUGAUUGUGGAAAUUGUGUGCUCACGUUUGACCACCACUGUCCAUUUGUGAACAACUGCAUCGGCCAGAGGAAUUACUUGUACUUCUCUGCUUUCCUCGUGUCAACAGGGUGCCUGAGCUUCUCUGUUGCAGUAGGAUUCGGUAUCAAGCUCCUCGGCUAUGCGCCCUCUCCACGUGGUAGUUUUACAGGGAGCCCGCUUCUUAUCAUUAUUCUUCUAUUGGUUGGCCUUCCGACGGCAGUGUUUCUUCUGGGAGUCAUUGCAUUGAUGAUGUUCCACAUCUUCCUGCUGUGCACGGGCAAAACGACGAAAGAGGUCUUGACAGGACGAACAGUCCUGCAAGGCCGUUCGCUCUUUGAGCGGCCUCCUUCGCUUAUCCAUGCCAGGGCACAGGUCGACACACCGCUUGAUGCCUGAGUGUGGCUUCGGAUAGAUGAGCACGCAGCGCAAUCACACCGAAAGGAUCCAAAAGCCUUGUGAU